AUGUGUUCAUCAAUUCAGCAAAUCCCAUCUCUCCAAAACAUGAAAGAAUUAGUCUUGUUGCAGAUUCCUGAUUGCAUAGUUCAUCUCGUCAAUGCAUCCGAACCGUUAAAGCUUGCCUCCGGGGAGUUCAAACUUGUAAAAGUUUCAUCAGACGAUAGUGUCACUCUAGCGAUGCUUGUCAGAGUCGGACUUGACUUUCAAUGGCCAGUGGUAAAGGACGAGCCGAUGGUGAAAGUCAAGGAUUGUGACUACCUCUUCACGCUUCCGGUUAAAGACGGUGGUCCAUUUGGGUACAAAGUCACUUUCUCUGGCCAAGACGGAGACGUCUUAAAAAAACUUGAGAUUCUUGAAGAGUUGAUGAGGGAUGAUUCUUGUUUGUUAUCUCUGAGUAAAACUAACAAUGAAAUUGAUUGGAAAGAGUUUUCACCGAAGGCUGGAGAAUACAAUACCGUUGCGGCGAAGGCCAUCGCCGAAGGAACAGUUGAUCUUCCAAUAAAACAGGUUCAGAAGGGAGGAAGUGAAAUAACUAUCACAACAGAGACUGACGAAAACAGUGGUAACAAUAGAAUUCCGAAGAAAAAUAAUAUCAUCACAAAUAUUGAAAGAGUGGAAGCACUAUGUAAGGCGAGCGAGACGUUAGGAGCCACCGCGGUGUUAGAUCCUGAAGAUAUGAUUAGCGGUUUGAUGAUGGCUCCUGUGCUUAAAUCGAAGCUAGGGAAGGCGUUGUUAUCCACUGCCCCAGGAGAGAUUCUCUUGGCUUCACUUGAUUCUGUUGAUAAAAUAAUUGGGGCUGCUGAAGCUGCAGAGAUACAAACUCAUUCUGCCACAUCCAAAGCUGCUUCUAACCUUGUUACUAAGAGUUUUGGGGAAAAGGCCGGAGAAACCACCGGAAAAGUGCUAGAAACAACCGGCAGCUUGGGCCGAAAGGCGUGGAAAAUUCAAAAAUCUAUGGAUCCAUCUUUAUCCAUGAUAUCAGGAAUUGUCAAAAAUGCUCCGUGA